UCUUUGAAAGAUUUUGGGAACCCUCCCAUGUUCUUAUCCCCAACCGUUUCUCCCUUUACCACACAGCCUCCAAAUUCUAAUUCACAAUUAUCCAAAUCCCAUUUCUCCCCGCCCUUAACCCUCCUCUCCUCCUUCUCCUCUCUCCUCCUCUCCUCUCCCCUCCCUCCAACUAUAAAAAAUAAAAGAAAAAAAAAAAAAAAAACACGCCCUUCUCCGUUUGCCACCUGAGCUCGUGUGAAGACAAAUCGCAAGGCCAAGUGGGUCUAAGAAAAAUAAACAGUGAGGUUUGGCGUGGACACGAGCAGUCUGGUUCAUCAUGCCAAGUAGCAGUCCCAAGUCACCAAAAAAGCCACGUUUCAGUCGUGUCUCAUUACUCUAUAUCCAAUGCGAUGAAUAUAAAUAGGAUUUGUUCAUGCCUCCUUCCAUUCUAUAUAUCCAUCUACUUCUUCUUACAAUUCUAGUCGAUCUGCUGGAACAAAAUGUUGAGCUCAGCUGAUAAUAUGGGAAGUCUUGUGCAGAGAAAACAGGGCAAGAAGCCUGCGCAGGCGAGUUCAAGAAAAGGGUGCAUGAGGGGCAAAGGAGGCCCCGAGAAUGCCACGUGCACUUACAAAGGCGUCCGGCAGAGGACUUGGGGCAAAUGGGUGGCGGAAAUCCGCGAGCCGAACCGAGGCGCCCGCCUCUGGCUAGGGACAUUCGACACCUCCUACGACGCCGCCAUGGCUUACGAUGCUGCCGCACGUAAACUCUACGGCUCCGAUGCAAAGCUCAAUUUGCCUGAUUUAUCAUCAUCAGCACCCACUUCCAACAACACCCAGAAUAUGGAAAACUCAGGUACUGCUGCAGCUUCAAAUAAUGGCCCAAUAGUCUAUCAAAAUACUUUUCCUAACGAAAUGGUACUUAAGCCCCACGGAAAUCAGGCCGAAUUCAGAGUGAAAUUUGGCGACAACGAGGAGGGAUCAAUCGAUGGGGUCUGGGAGAAUAUGAAUGCCACCUUCCCUGUGUUUGAUGAAACAAUCUGGGCAGAGGCCGCCAUGUCUUUAGAUUUCCCUGCAGUCAUGGGGGACUCUGCUGGAAUUUUUGCUGGCAACUUUGUGGAUGGAAGCGGCUGGGAUGCAUUGCAAUCACCAUGGUGCAUGUGAUUAAAAAGCUUCAUGGGAUCGAUGGGACCAAGUCGCCCAAAUAUCAUCGUCAUCAUCAUCAUCAUAUAUUAUAAAGUUUUAGUGUAGAUAGAAAAUAUAUAGCAUAAGAUGGAUGGUCUCGACCCCACAUGGGUCAAGGCACUUGUAUUUGAUUUUUUCUGUUUCUUUUGCUCAUAGGUGGGGGGUGGGGGGUGAGGGUUUAAUUAUAGAAGUCUUGUAUGUAUUAAUCAGUAAAUAUAAGGAGAAAGAAAUCAGUCACCUUCUUCUCUGACUGUUUCGUCUGUGUUGUUAUGUAUACAAAAUUAUGAUCUUUUCAAAGAUAUGUUUGUGAAAGAUUUUUGGCUUUGACAAAAUGUGAGCCCAGAAAAAAAGGAUGAAGAAAAGACUGCUUUGGCGCAACGCAGACAGCAACAAUUAAAAUCCGGAAUCUUACAUUAGCCUGCUGUGUCUUUUUUGAGAAGGAUUGCCUCCUCCUCUGUCACGCUUGCCUGUUUGUGGAUUACUCCCAACAUUCCUGUCUUGUUCUAUGCGGCCAUAUGCAUGUAUAUGCUCAUCUCAUUUCUUGCUAGCGCCCUCU